AUGUACGGAAACCCGCUCAUGGCCGAUGUAUACUUCACUGUCGCAGAUGGGCAAGGAAGUUCUUCUCGUAAAGUUAACAUCCCUUGUCACAAAUUUAUCCUGGCUGUCAGUAGCCCUGUUUUCUAUAAGAUGUUCUACGGUGACCUUAAAGAACCUUCUGAAUAUAUCGAUCUCCCAGACUGCGAUCUAGAGGGAUUUCAUGAGUUCUUACGUUUCAUCUAUUACGAUGAGGUCAAAUUGACAGGAGAUUGUGUUAUCCAAGUGCUCUAUUUGGCCAAAAAGUACAUGAUUCCGUCGCUAGAAGACCGGUGUAGAAGUUUCUUAGAGAAAAAUAUCAACGCUGAAAAUGUCUUGGAUUUACUGCCGCUUAUAGAAAAAAUGGAGGAGGUCCAUUUGAAAAGUGUUUGCUGGAAAGUUAUCGAUACACUUACAGAGAAGGUCCUAGAGUCUGCCUCAGAUGCAAUCCAAGACGACAACAGUCUUCUGGUUUCCAUAUUAAAAAGAGAUACUCUUGAUAUCAAGGAGGUGAAAGUUUUUCAAGCUGUAAAUCGCUGGGCAGGGACUAUCUGCGAAAAACGAGGAAAAACACCCACUGGAAAGGAAAAAAGGACAAUUAUCGGAGAAGAGCUUGUGAAACUGAUACGUUUCCCGCUAAUGUCUCAGAGCGAAUUUGCUGAACAUGUCGCUGAAACCAAAAUACUCAAAAAAACCGAGGUUAUUGAAAUCUUCCUGUACUUCAGCUUAAAUCAGAAUCCUGGGAAGUUCUCUUGCAUCCCAAGGUGUUUAAACAGUAGAAAUCUUCGGUGUUGCUGUAGAAUUUCGGGUUUACUUCAGAUGCCUUUUUUUUCUCUUGCCUCUGAAGAGUUUACUGAGUCCAUCUAUUUUUCUGUCGAUUUUCCAAUUUUACUGGGAGGAGUUGCUAUCACUGGGGAGCCAGGAAAGAAAUAUACAGUAAAACUUGAACUCAACGGUAAAGUUGUCUCGGAGGGUUGUUUCCAAAGCGAAGAUAGAGGGGUGAGUGGGAACCAUCCCGGAUUUUACAUUUUUUUUGAGCAAUACCACUUGCUGAAUCCCGAUGUACCCUGCAUCCUUGAAGCUUCAAUAAAAGGACAACGACUAGAUUGUGAGUUUCAGGAUAAGAGGGAGCUGGUUAUUGAUAGAGUUGCUUUUCGAUUCGCCGGCCCAGCUUCCCAAAGCAAAGUUAUAUGUAUUAUAGGACUUCUUUUUAGACGCUACAGUAUAAAUUGCCUAUAA